AUGACAACAGAAGUCGUCACUCGGAGUGCCCCCAGCAUGAAGCAACCCUCUUUUCUCUGGAUUCUGAGAAUUUUAUUGUUAACGGCUCCAGUUCCAACUGGCACGCGCGAACAAUGUCUCAUUGAUCAGGGACCAGAACGACGAAUCCUGAUUGCAUGCAACGAAUAUUGUUGUGCAAAUGCGACCCAUCGAUAUUGCUGUCCCAACUGCCGCCACAGUGUUCAUCAGAAUCAAUUAUGUAUAUUGAACAACCCUGCAAUUAUUGGUCCGAUUUUGUUCUUCAUCCUUCUCCUGUUUUCUAUCGUCGGAUUCCUUUGCUGCCUGCUAUGCGACUCGGCCGAACAAUGGCUGGAAUGUCCAAGGAUUCAUGGGUCACAAAUCCAUCCGUGCACUGAUCGUUCCGAAAGCGGCCCAGCAGCUCCAGAAGGAACAGCAGCUCCCUACCCGCUAGUUCUCAUACCACCAAUUCUAUUGCCAACUCUACCAAGCUAUUCGGCAUCUCCACCUCCACCAUUCGAAUCACAUCCACCAGAGGCAAUCAUUGUUCCGACAGAGGGCAGAUCAUACGAGGCAGAGAGGGCCCCUGAUCAGGAGGAGGAUUCAGCCGCAUUAACAUUCCCCUGUAACACAAACAACCAUCAGGAGUCCUCACAAGACAAAUCGGCACGAUAGUGCGAAGCUUUAACUGGGCAAUGAAGCUGCGAAUGACACUAAAGAAUAAACUUAUCAUGAAAUUUGUCGUGACUAAAACAAACGAAC